CUCAGAUACUGCCUGAAGGAAGGUGAGAAACAGCAACAUUCGAAUCCCAGUAUCAAGAGCAAGAGAAAAGGACACAGCAGUCAUGCAAUACUUCAGCGCCAUUAGCCUUUUGGCCUUCCUUCCCUUCGCAUUCGCGUCUGACUCUCCACCUAAGCAAAUAUUAGAGCUCUGCAAGCAAAGAGGUCAAGUCCCUCAGCAAGAAGAUGGAAAAUGGAAAUGUGCCACUGUCCAGACUUCCGACAUCUGCAACCCUGACCAGGAUCUGAAUACUUUACACAAGGAUCCCAAGACAGGUCAGUGGAUCUGCUGUCCUCGAGGGCAAGAUUUAAAGCAGGACUCUUGCGUGCAACCCGGAGGGAAGGGUGACCAAAUCCCUAUUCCACUCCCUGGAACCUGUGGGACUCAUCUCAAGGACGCCGGGCUAGAAAGCCUUCUUCGGGAAACUCUGGUGCGCUGUUUCCCUCACGACCAGGUAGCCUUGGACGUGUUCAUCGAGUACUACCUCACCGUUCUCAACGGAAAUAUCAACCUUAUCGAGGUCAUCAUUAAGAAUGGCUGUGGCAAGCCUACACCAAACCCUGACCCGAUUCCUAACUGGAAGUGUCCGCGGGACAACUCGCCGUGUAAAUGGCUUCCCUUGGAGAACAACAAAGUUCGAAAAAACCUACCGGCAACAGGCUCUGAUCACAAGGUCUUACCCAAUCCAAACGUACCCGUGGUGAACUACAAGUAUCCCUUUGACACGUGGGUAGUGGGGUGGCCCGAUGAUGAUCUAAGUAUUUAUGUCAAGGAUCAGAAGCUCCAGCCACAAGCGUCCGGGACAAGCUAUUUGAUUCCUGCUGGAACAUCGGCGGAUGAUGUGUACUACAAAUCCCCCAAAGGAGCUCAAAUCCAGUUCUUUGGAGCCUGUUCAGCAGAUACACCCUGCAUAGGCGAAGAAGUAGCAGCCUGGAAUGAAGGGAAGCCACUGUACACAACUGCUCGGGAUCAAGAUAUUGACGUCAGCGGUUACGACUUCGAUCUUGUUUUCACCAUUGCAGAUACUUGGGUCACCACAGAACAGUAUACGGUUCUCGCAGAUGGUAAAGAGGUUGGUAAGACGCAUGGCCCACUGAGCCUCGGCGAUGAUAAAUAUAAUACGAAACAUAUCGCCUCCACUGUUGAUGUUGGCCGUUAUGACGCCGGGGCCUUGAAGAGUAUCUCUAAUGCUGGAUUCUGGGGUUCAUUCCGAAUUCCUAAAGAAACCAAGAAAGUAACCGUGCGCCUCGGAGCCUGCGACAGUAUAAACCACGGAUACUUUGUUUUUGAGUAUCGGAUGGAUAAGCUCUGUCAAUGCUAAGGCAUGACAUUCUAAACGAGCCACACCGUAGUAAUAAAGUCGGAUUUUUACGACAAAGAUCAACGAGGACUGUUAGGGUCUAUUGAUGGUCUUAAAAGGAAUAGCCCUAAGCAUUCUGAAGAUGGCUUCCGUAUGUAAAGGGUUAACUGGUAAGGCAAGGGAUUAGGCAUAAAAGGCUUUUUAAGUGUAUGCAUUAUAGUCUGCG